AUGUCCCGCCGCGCCGCUAUCAUCAUACAUGCCUUAGAAUCCCAGAAAGGCCCAUUCAAACUCAAAGCCCCGAUGCUUGACGCAGAUGGCACGCUCAUUAAGAAGCGGGAUGCACCCACUUUGAUCGAAGAACUGAUUGCGGAGAACGAGGAAGUGUGGAACAAUUUUCUGACCAAUGAAUUCUGUACGCUCGGUUAUAAAACCCCUGCAUCCGACUUCGAUGACACAUACCGAGACUACCUUUAUUUGAUUGAAUAUGUCCGCUUCGUCCAUUAUCGAGACCUGCAGGAGCCAUCAGCUCACACUAAGGAGGGUCUGGUCAAUUUGCUUGGCAGUGUGUCUGAUAAUGUGGACUACGUGGAAGGGAACUACGAAACUUGCAUCACUCCCACUCCCAAUGGUAUUGGUAUUCCUGAAGAGGAGUUACUGAACGAAAAGCCUUCACCGGCGUUGUUGGGCUAUACAAGUUGGGAGCAACUGUCUGGUAUCACGGACGAUUCUUUCUCGAAUUUUGUUAGGGCGAUUCCGUGCGUCUAUGGAUGGAACAAGAUUGCGGAAAAGUUGCAGAGCGAGGGAGAUGGAGAACAAGGUACAUUGUUUUACAAAUCCUGGUUCCAGGCGAACCUAGACGACAGUUAUGCGAGCACGCUUUCCGAAUAUCUGGAGGCCAAUCAUUCAACCUAUGAUUCACCUGGCAAUAAGGACAAAUGGAGUGUUGCAUUUCAUGAAGCUUGUCAAUUUGAGACUGCACUCUUCGCAGCAGGGCUUUGA